AUGGCUGCCUCCAUGCAAGGCGUUGUAAGGAUUUUGAGUCGCGCGAUUCCCGUUUUGCAAACUAUUCGUCAUACGCAGAGAAUACAUGGAGGGAAAUGGAACCAGUUUAUCAUUCCGGGCCUGCAGCCUAAACUUACAAUGUCCUCACACACAUCGUCAGAAAACGGUGACGCUGUGGAGGUUUUAGAGGCAGUGUCUCGGUAUAAGGAUCGACCUUGGGAUUACCUGGAGAGUGAAGAAUAUAUUGAGCGCUAUGGAUCGAAACCGGUGUGGUCCGAUUACAGGAGAAACCAUAAAGGUGGUAUACCCCCUCAGAAGACUCGAAAGACCUGCAUUAGAGGAGAUAAGAUUUGUGGGAAUCCUUGUCCUAUCUGUCGCGAUCCAAACAUCAUCAUUCAUUAUCAGAAUGUGAACCUGCUACAGCAGUUCAUUAGCCCUUACACAGGCAUUGUUUAUGAUCCAACUCGCACAGGUGUGUGCAUGAAACAGCAGAAGCUGCUUGUCAAGGCAAUUGAAACUGCAAAAGAUUAUGGGUUGAUCUCUUUCCAGUUACCUCACGUAGACUUCUCUGGAGAAGACUAUUCUAAUUCUCAUGGCGCAGUGUCACACACACCUCCUCGGCCAACCUUGGGCCCCAAUGAACCUUGGUAUCCAUGGUAUGGUAGCAUUGAGCCCGACGAGAGAGAGUUAGCAAGAGUGAAGAAGACGUAUAAAGCAUAUUUGAAGCAAGUACCCAAUUAGAAACCUUUGUGUGCAAGAUAGUAUAACUCAAAGUUUUGAUAUUCUUUUCGUAAUGAUGACUUAUCUUGCAUGAGCUCUUUUUGAAGCUGCUAAACCAUGACAGAUCGUAAUAACUCUCAAAUAUGAGAACAAAGUGUUGACUCAUUCCAGACAUCAUUUAAUGCGUGAAGGAGUAAACUGUUUAUACUUUGCCAUCACAUGGAUAACCAAAGGCAAAGAAUAAAGUAUCAUUUGUAAAUAGUAGCUUGCUGAAAUGUGAAUAUAGACCAUAUGUUCUGUUAGCAAAAGAUACAUUUUCAUACAUCAUUUUACAGUGCAUAAUGUAAUUCACUGACAACCAUUAAAAUGAAAUCCUUACAAACUUGAUGCAA